AUGUCCAAGACCGAAUGGACGUAUUAUCCCAUCACGGGUGUCUCUCUGAGUGAUGGGGUUACCGCAGCAUCGAGCAGUGUUGAGGUACCCAUUCGUCGCGAGAUUGACUCAUGGAGCAAAGAUGCUGCCAACGAAAAGCAAGUUAAGCUCUUUGUGCUGGCUUUGUACCGUUUCCAACAGAUGGACCCUACAGUCCGGGAAUCAUACUUCCAGAUUGCCGGUAUUCAUGGACAGCCCAAUGUGCCUUGGGACGAGCCCAUCAGCGCGGAGGAGGCUCACGGUCGAGGGUAUUGUACUCACAAUAACGUCUUGUUCCCGGUCUGGCAUCGUGCGUACCUUGCACUUUACGAGCAACGUAUCUCGGAGAUCAUGACUAAGGAGAUUAUUCCCAAAUUCGCCGAGGAAAUACGCGCUGAGUGGGAGGCAGCUGCCAAGACCUGGCGUCUUCCUUUCUGGGACUGGGGUAUUACCACUUCAGUGCCCGAUUUGUGCAAGUAUCCCACAUUCAUUGUGCCAUCGGUAGAUGGAAAGAGCGAAGAGGUCAUCACCAACCCUCUCUUCCAGUUCCGCAUGCCCACCAACAAGCCCAUGUCGACUGUUGGGUUGGAGAACUUCAAGGAUCCAUGGGUGCCCCAAGGCGAGAUGAUCUACUAUGGCGAAUGUAUUGGUACCAGUCGUUGGCCUCAAGAGGGUGAUAACGUUUCUGGCAGUGCAGCGUGGAGGCACGGUGUGGUGAACAACUACAAAGUUCAGGACGCCCUCAAGAAACCCCAAUGGGUCGCGAACUCUCCUUAUGGCCAGCCUUCAGAGAUGGUCUACCGUCUGCUUACCAUUCCUAUGGAAUACUCGACUUUUGCAACCACUGCCCAACUUUCCGAUGACCAGAGCGUUGCGAACGAUGUCAACAUUGAGUACAUUCACAACAACCUUCACGGUUGGGUGGGAGGAGAUUUGAACGGUCACAUGUCGCAAAUCCCAGUGGCAUCCUUCGAUCCUAUGUUCUGGCUUCACCACUGUAACAUUGAUCGCAUCUUUGCUUUAUGGCAAGCUCUCAACCCCGACAAGUGGUUCGUGGAAAACAAGGUCAACGAAUUCUUCCAGGAGAUUAUUGGCCUCGAUAAAGAUGCCAAGAUCACCCCUCAGACUCCUCUACGACCGUUCCACAAGGACGUUAAGGGAACUGUCAUCACACCCCUUGAUGUUCGUUACCCCUGGAGCCUUGGAUAUACCUACCCGGAGUUGCAGACCUGGAAAUAUGAGCCCCAGAAUUACACCUCUCAGCCAUUUAUCGCUGAUCUCCGUAAGAAGAUCAACGAGCUUUACGGAAUGUCGCGACAGCAGUUGAUCGAUGCCACCUCUAACCUCAAGGGUGUCGAGUACCUCGAGGACGGAACCAAGUCUCUCGACUACUCCUUCAGUGUCCGCUAUCGCAAGUAUGGCUUUGGUGGUGAGCCAUUCUGGAUUCGCAUCUUCCUGUCCCAGGACGGCGUGAAGCAGAAUACCGCCACAGACUUGAUCACUGAAGUCUACAAUUUCAGUCAGAAGCCGGAAUCCAAGGAUGGAAAGCUUGCCUGUGGCAACUGCAAGACUAACCAGAAGGCAAACAUCAAGUCUACUGCAGCCAUCUCCCUCACCCCAGUGUUGAUCACGCUUCUCAAGUCUGGUCAAGACCUGGCUAGUUUGAAGAAGGAUGAUGUUCUCAAGUUCCUACAGAAGCGCGCUUACUGGAGAGUUUUCAAGGGAGGAAAAGAGGUUCCUCGCAACCAGCUUGAUCCCCUUGACCUCGAGAUCAUCGGAAGCAGCAACGACUCUACCCAGUACAACGACCCCACCAAGGCGCCUCUGCUUGAAAACUUCAAGAAGGAGCCCACCAUUUCCGGUGGAGCUGAUGGUGCGCUUGACCCAAGUCUCAAGCAGCCCAUGACACCCUUGCCACCAGUGAGGCCUUUCAUUCCCCAGGCUGGCCUCAAUCUUGGCUCUUCCUUGCCUUUCAAGGAUCCUGUGGGAGUCGACAGCGUGGUGAUAAUUGAAUCUACCAGUUUGGACCUCACCCCGAUCAAGACUUCCACUAUUGACAACACCCAGGUAGUGUUCACCGAUAGCAAGGAUGGAAGCGGUAACAUCUUGUUCUUGCUUUCCUUCCGCAGAGCCGAGAAGGAGAUCGUCCUCAACACCCGAUUGAAUAAUGCAUGGGGCAAGGAAGUCCGUGUCUCUCUGGAGAACAGAUUCAAGGGCACCACCCCGUCUAUUCUGAUUCACGACCAGGGCGAUGGUUACGAAGUGUUCAUUGACUGGAGACACUUGACCUGGUUUGAGAAGCGCGCGAAGGACAAGGUCGCAACCUCCGUCUCUUACUCCGUAAAUGAGACGCAGACACCUGUUUUGUCAUCCAACUUGAAGGUUCGGGUGUACAAAUCGAUGAAAGAAGUGUUCGGGUGUACAAAUCGAUGA